GGCCGGUUGGCCCGCGUGCCCUCGGCGGGCUACGCUGCGCGAGCGGGUCGGGCCGGGCAUGCUGGGAGCCGCUUGCUCGGGGAACCUCCGCCCCCGGUGUGAGCCGCUGACGCGCGGAGAUGAAAUUCCCGGCCUCGGUGUUGGCGUCCGUGUUCCUGUUCGUGGCCGAGACGACGGCGGCGCUGUACCUGAGCAGCACCUACCGCUCGGGCGGGGACCGCAUGUGGCAGGCGCUGACGCUGCUCUUCUCACUGAUGCCCUGCGCUCUGGUGCAGCUCACGCUCGUCUUCGUCCACCGCGAUCUCAGCCGUGAUCGCCCACUGGUGCUGUUGCUGCACCUGCUCCAGUUCGGGCCCCUGUACAGGUGUUUUGAAGUCUUCUGCCUCUACUGUCAGUCCAACCAUACUGAAGAGCCUUAUGUAAGCAUCACUAAGAAACGGCAGAUGCCAAAAGAUGGCCUCUCAGAGGAGAUUGAGAAGGAGGUGGGUCAGGCAGAGGGGAAGCUGUGUACUCAUCGUUCUGCAUUCAGUCGGGCAUCAGUGAUCCAGGCUUUCCUAGGCUCUGCCCCACAACUCACCCUGCAGCUGUAUAUAAGCGUCGUACAGCAGAGAGUCACUGUUGGAAGAGGCUUCAUCAUGGCCUUGUCCCUGUUGUCUAUUGUGUACGGAGCCUUACGUUGCAAUAUCCUAGCCAUCAAAAUCAAGUAUGAUGAGUACGAGGUCAAAGUGAAGCCCCUGGCCUACGUCUGUAUCUUCCUCUGGAGAAGCUUUGAGAUUGCCACACGGGUCAUCGUCCUGGUUCUCUUCGCCUCUGUCCUGAAGAUCUGGGUGCUCAUGGUUGUACUUGUCAACUUCUUUAGCUUCUUCUUGUACCCCUGGAUUCUUUUCUGGUGCCAUGGCUCCCCAUUCCCUGAGAACAUAGAGAAGGCCCUAAGUAGGGUGGGUACCACCAUCGUGCUCUGCUUCCUCACUUUACUCUAUGCUGGUAUCAACAUGUUCUGCUGGUCAGCUGUACAUCUGAAAAUUGACAGUCCUGAUCUCAUCAGCAAAUCCCAAAAUUGGUACCGGCUGCUGAUUUACUACAUGAUGAGAUUCAUCGAGAAUGCCGUCCUCCUGCUCCUGUGGUAUUUUUUCAAAACUGACAUAUACAUGUAUGUGUGUGCCCCUCUGUUGAUUCUGCAGCUGCUCAUUGGGUACUGCACAGGCAUUCUUUUCAUGCUUGUAUUCUAUCAGUUUUUCCACCCUUGCAAAAAGCUAUUUUCUUCCAGUGUUUCUGACAGCUUUAGAUCAUUUCUUAGUUGUGUUUGCGGGGCCUGCAUGUGGAAGUCCAACAAGCCAGUAGUAAAGACAGACACAAACUUAAAAUUGUCCACAGAUCUAGGUGUAACACCUUCUACCAGUAAAAUAAGUCCUGAGCUCACUGAGAUGUGGAAUGUUGACGAUCUGUGCUCUGCUUAAUGGAACCUGAGUCUUCUCACAAAACAGGCAUAUCGUUGUCUAGGUUGGUAACUAUUGUUCAUACAAGUAAUAAGGCCUAAAUAGAGAACAAGGCAGGAAGUUAGCUGUUAACUCUUUGGGAGCUGCUGACUUUUAUAGAGUUCUUGGGUUUAAGGGAGCUACGGGGAGAAGCUAGGGCAACCUAUUUCCCCACAGUUUCACAGUUGAAACUGUUAUGCUCUUUCCAGCCUUACUGGCCAUUUCAUUGACACAGUACCCCUCAAGUUUUAAUUGAGCUGGUCAGAUUCAUUAGGUACAGUGAGGAGAAAGACUUAGUUGUUUUCUAGUUUCCUGGACUGUUGGUCUCAGUAGCCUAAUUUAUUAUUGCUGAAUAUAGUUUCACAUAAAAGGCAUUGUGAUGGCCAUAGUAGGUUAGUGGGGUUUUUGCAACCUCAUUCCCAUCACAGCUUACAGGGAGGGCUGUUUACAUUUGGUGUUUCAAUAUGUUAACGUUUUCACCUCCUUAGGACUUUUUGUGCAUAACCAACUGUAGCCACUCUGGUAUAAAAUCUGUAAAUUAUUUCAAGGGCCUAGAUUUAUGUACUUUAUUCCCUAGGAUCCAUUGCUACAGUGACUGAAUUCUAAAUUGCUUAUGGAAGCCCUAGAAUUUUAGGAAAGCUAUGUUUCGUUCUGUAAAUUGGGGAUUAGGAAGGAUCAGGAGGGUUGGUAGAGCAUCAAAUUGAUAAAGGCCUAAAUAAGUAAAAUUGUUAACUUCUCAGAAUGUUUAAAAAUGUGAAUUGUUUAGAAGGUAGGUCUAAAUCUCCUGAAAACUCAGUCUUGUCUUAUAAUUCUAAGGAAUUUCUAGUAGAAUUUCUUAAGACUCAGCUUUUAAUAAAGAUGAAAGUAAAAUUUUCUUCUUUCUUAUAUCCCCUUCCUUGCCUGCCAGGAAAGUUUUCAAUAAGAAUUACCUCAGUUAAUAUAUAUAUAUAUUUUUUCUACAAAACCCUAUAGAAAUCUCUCCCCCAAUGCACAUAUAUAGGACAUUAUAAUUUUCAUUAUUUGAAGGGAAAGGAGAAUUUUCUGUACUAUCAGCCCAAAUUAAGAAUUUUGACUUCAGAAAACUAUUUAAAUUAUAGAAAAAAAUGAAAUGGCCAGAAGAUUUUUGUUUUCCAUGAAGUAUAUUUUGACUUGGCAUAAUUAUAAGUUAUUUUAAAUAAGAUCUUCCGUUUCACUCUCUUAUACCUUUGCAUCUUCUAUAUAAUUUCUCCUUUAGCCUGGAACUCUGUUUCAUUAGAUUUAUUUGUAGCAUAAUGCCUGUAGUCUUUGACAAAUGCUUGUAUGUAACCCGUGCCAUUAUUCCUACCUCUAAAAUUUCGAUAAUGAAGUAUUCCCUAACAGGUGACUAUAAAGUUCACACUAAUUUAGAAUGAGAACUGGUACUAAAUUUGAGAGCUUUUCAGAGGCAACUCUACUGAAUCUACCAUAUAGAGCAGACGUCUAAUUUUCUGAACACAUAGAGCCACAGAACAUUUUUGUAGCCAUCAUACUUCUGAUGGUUUCCUUUCUAAUUAUUUUUGGUAUCAAAAUUUUAAUUUAAGAAACAGAUGUGAUUGAACUUUGAUUAAUAAUUUCUAUUUCAUUGGGGAUCUAUAAAAUAGAGUAUUAUUUCACAGGUUAUUCAAAAACACUAUAUAUAUUGAUAUACAUACAGUUCCAUAUGUGUCAAUAAGAUUCUAAACUAUAGAGCCUCAGCUGUACUUUUCAGAGAUAUUUUUCCUCAUUUGAAAUUCUCCUGAUUUGUCAGCAUUUGUGGUUUAAAUCUAUGAGAAUGCAAGGCAAUAAAUCAUUUUUUGACUAUUUUUAACAAAUAAGAACUCAAGAUUGUCUGUGUUCGCUUUUCAUCCAUAUACCACUUUCCUUGUUUUUAACAGGCUCCAUCAAAUUAGUUAGCAUGCAGAAAGGAUGCUUUACACAGCACAUACAUCUUUGUACUUUUCAUGUUCAGAAGUAAAAAACUGUGACACAGGAAAAAUGACUGAAAAAUAUAACAAUACCAAGUAAAACAAAUUUAAGAUGUUAUAGCAUUCUUUUGUCUGGUUAUUUCAUAAUUUUAAAAUUUUAAAAGCAAUUAGGAGAGAAGUAAAGCCAUUCAUUCCUAAGUCAUUCCAAAGUGUUUUUCUCUAUCAAAUCAUUAUGUUUUGUGACACCAGGUAUUUUCAAACUAUUUAAUGAUGAAGACAUUGUUUCCUUGAAGCUUUGCAAUGACUGAGGGUAGGUGUGGUGGUACCCUUUUCCCCUCAGUGACUUCAGGUUUUGCCUUGGGAGUAAGGAUUAGCAUCAGCCACCAGCUUGUCACUUACUAGGCAUGUGCAGAAUUAGACAAGGAUGGGGAUACUUAUAUUUCCCAGACUUCGUUUAGAAACACGUCAAUUUUUUUUUAAAAUUGUAACUUUCAAAUAUAUUACAAAUCUCUUUAAUUUAGAAAAGUGGUCAGAAUUUCAAGUGACCCCAAACCAAACUAACAAUGACAGUUGGCCAGACACUGAAGGCCCAGUUCAUACUUUAGAAAGACACGUUUUAUACCAAAUUGGACAUAGUGUCAGUUUUAAUGCUUGGUAUAUAUGUAACCCAGCUUUAGGAGCAUGUAUGACUGUUGACCUCGGUAAAGAGAAAACACUUCUGCGUGGUGAAAGAUAUAAGUCACGGAGAAGUGAAAAUUUUUGUUAUUAAAUUAUUUUUAUCACUAAAAUGGCAAAAUAUUUCAGUUCAUAAUACAGAACUAGAUUGUACUAAAGCCACAAGGCCAACACAUUUCUACAUGUGUUAGGAGUGAAAACGUAGUUUUUCAUUUAUAAUUGAAACAUUUAAAACUCUCACGUGUCUAAUCACAUGCCAUAAUUAGUUGACCACUGUUCCAACUGAAUCACUCAUUUGACUGGACACGAAUGAAGUUUUCCCUCCAAAUGCAUUGAAAUAAGAUCAGAGUACAUGUUGAGACUUUCUAGAAGCAGCCCAGUCUGCAGAUAGCUAUUUAUUUCUCUGUUUAGUCCCACAGGAUGACUUAAUUGCUCUAUGCCUCAGUUUUCUCACACACCGAAUUAAGAUGAUAUAACUUGUCCAACUUAUCUCAUAAAUUUGUUGGAAAGAUUUCAUUAAAAAAUAGAUAGGAAAAUGUUUUACAAAUAUUUUAAAGUACCAUAAAAAGUAAUUAUGGUAUUCAAGUUGAUAAGCAGGUUAUAGUUUGCUUUUAAAAAUAUUUUUGUUCUAUUUUUACUGUUUGAAAUGAAAUAGUGUCACCAACAUUGAGUGUCUUGAGUGAACAUAUGGGUCUUUGGUCUUCUCAGCAUUUUCAUUUUAUCUUACCAUCCGAUGCUUAUAAAAAUUAUCACCCAGCUCCUGUGAGGGAAAAGAUAAUUGCUGCCAAGCCUCACAGCCUAAGUUCCAUCCCUGGAACUUACAUAGUAGAAGGACAGAAGCAACACACACACACA